GUAUUAUGUUGGCAGACACGCAUGUUGACGUAUGCUUGUCUGCAUGUGUGCGCGGCGUGGUACAUGCCUCUGUAAAUACAUGGGCAUAAAGGUGUGUGUGUGUGUGUUGGCAUGUGCAGGCAUGUCUAUACGUGUGUAUGGGUUUGUGUUCACAUGAGCAUGCAUGUCUCUGGGUAGGUAGGGUGCACAGGUUAUGUCUACACGGGUUUACAGGUAUAUGUACGUGCAUGUGUAUCUGCAUCUUUCUGUGUGCAUAUGUAUAACCUAGGAGGGCUGCACGUAAGCGUGGGUAAUUGUGUUCCUGUCUGCAUGCACAGCUGUGUGUCUGCAUGCAUGUCGCUCUGUGUGAGUAAGGGGGGGCUGCAGGUGAGGGGGGCUGGAGGGGUACACAUGUGUGUGCAUGUGGGCAGUAUAUGCACGUGUUUCCUGUGUGUAGGGCCGUCCAGGUGGAGAGCGCGGGCACCGCUUGCCCCUAGCCCAGUCACUGGACAUGCGGGCACGGCUGGAGGAGGCCAUCCUGGGCACUGUGGGCGCCCGCCGGGACAUGGUGCGCCGCAGCCGUGAGCGCAGCCCCUUGGGGCCACAUGAGAACGUGCGAUGGAGGAAGAGCCUGACACACUGGAGACCUAGCACCGAGAGGCCUGAUAAGACCAAGGAGGAGGUGGAGCAGGAGGUGCUGGUCGAGGGGAACCUGGUGACUGAGGCCAACCUGGUGGUGCUGGACACGCUGGAGAUUAUCGCCCAGACGCUGCCACUGGCCGAGGCCCGGGACAGCCUGCUGGGGGCACUGCUGCGGGUGCUGCUGCACAGCAUGGCCUGUGCACCCAGUGCCCUCUACCUGCAGCACAGCCUGGCCACCCAGCGUGCCCUGGUGGCCAAGUUCCCAGAGCUGCUGUUUGAGGAGGAUGCGGAGCUGGGAGCUGAGCUUUGCCUGCGGCUGCUGCGGCUGUGUGGGAGCCAUGUGGCUACAAUCCGGGCCCACGCCAGUGCCUCACUCUACCUGCUCAUGCGUCAGGGCUACGAGACUGCCCAUAGCUUUGCACGAGUGAAGCUGCAGGUGACGCUGUCGCUGUCUACACUGGUGGGGACGUCGCGGAGUCUCAGUGAGGAGCAUCUGCGACGCUCACUGCGCACACUGCUCACCUACGCUCAUGAUGACCCCGAGCUGCACCACAGCCCCUUCCCAGAGCAGGUACAGGACCUGGUAUUCAACCUGCACAUGAUCCUGACUGACACGGUGAAGAUGAAGGAGCAUCAGGAGGACCCCGAGAUGCUGAUUGACCUCAUGUACCGCAUUGCCAAGGGCUACCAGAACUCACCGGACCUGCGGCUGACAUGGCUGCAAAGCAUGGCGCAGACACACGCGGCCCGGGGGGGCCACGCUGAGUCUGCCCAGUGCCUGGUGCAUGGUGCUGCCCUGGUGGCAGAGUACCUGAGCCUGCUGGAGGACCGGCGCCACCUGCCUGUUGGCUGCGUCUCCUUCCAGAACAUCUCAUCAAACGUGCUGGAGGAAUCGGCUGUGGCCGACGACGUGGUGACACCAGGCGAGGAGGGCGUCUGCUCAGGGCAGCUCUUUACGGAACAGGGGUUGGUGGGUCUGCUCCAGCAGGCAGCCGAUGCCUUCACUGCGGCCGGGCUGUAUGAGGCAGUGAACGAGGUCUACAAACUGCUCAUCCCCAUCCACGAAGCAAACCGUGACCACACACGACUGGCGACACUGCAUGGGCAGCUGCAGGAUGCCUUCGCCCGCCUCGCCCAGCCGAGUUCUGGCUGGGAGCGGAUGUUUGGCACCUACUUCCGCGUGGGCUUCUAUGGCGGGGGCGGGGGGGGGCCGGAUGAGCAGGAGUUUGUCUACAAGGAACCGUCGCUCACCAAGCUGCCCGAGAUCGCCCACCGCCUCGAGGAGUUCUAUGCCCAGCGCUUUGGGGAUGACGUGGUCGAGAUCAUCAAGGACUCCAACCCCGUGGACAAAGCCAAGCUAGAGCCCAGCAAGGCCUACAUCCAGGUGACCUAUGUGGAGCCAUACCUGGAGGCCUACGAGCUACGGGAGCGUGUCACCGACUUCGAGCGCAGCUAUGGGCUUCGUCGCUUCCUUUUCUGCACCCCCCUGACACCGGGCGGGCGGGCGCAUGGCGAGCUGCACGAGCAGCUCAAGCGCAAGACGUUGCUCACCACGGCCCAUGCCUUCCCCUACAUCAAGACUCGCAUCAACGUGGUCCACAAGGAGGAGAUCAUCCUGACCCCCAUCGAGGUGGCCAUCGAGGACAUGCAGAAGAAGACACAGGAGCUGGCGUUCGCCACCCGCCAGGACCCGGCCGACCCCAAGAUGCUGCAGAUGGUGCUGCAGGGCUGUGUGGGCACCACCGUCAACCAGGGCCCACUGGAGGUGGCCCAGGUGUUUUUGGCUGAGAUCCCACAAGACCCCAAGCUCUACCGGCACCACAACAAGCUGCGUCUCUGCUUCAAGGACUUUACCAAGCGGUGUGAGGAUGCUCUGCGGAAGAACAAGGCUCUGAUUGGACCUGACCAGCGCGAGUAUCACCGGGAGCUGGAGCGCAACUACCAGCGCCUGCGGGAGGCACUGCAGCCUCUACUUAACCGCCGUGCCCCCCCGCUCCCACCUCCCACAGUGAUUCCAUGACCCACUUCAGGCUGAGGAAAGUGGAUGAUGAGAGGCACCUCAGAGCUGCAGCCUGGACCCCUGCCCUCCCCAGCACCUCCUGGGGGACCCCAACACUGGCUUGGGGGGAGGGGCAGCUGAGGACAUCCCUACCAGUACCCACCAGCCUUGGGGGACCUGUGCUGCUGCCCUACCCCGCCAGGAUGUUUACCCCCCAAACCCCAUUUACCUACCCAGCCCCAUUCCCCCCCUCCCCCAUUUUAUUUAUGAAACAAUUUAUAAAGAACCCCCCUUUGUAUUC